AUGUCAAGUGAUUGGUGUACAAUUGAAAGUGAUCCAGCUGUGUUAACAGAACUUGUUGAGAGGUUCGGGGUUGAAGAAGUCCAGUUUACAGAAGUUUAUGAGAUUUGUGACUCUGGCAUAGAGUCAAUUAUUAAACAAUAUGGAAAUAUAUAUGGAUUAAUGUUCUUAUUUAAGUAUACAGAUAUUUCCCACGCACAGUUAUCUUCUAUACCAAUAGAUACUCCUGCAGGAAUGUUCUAUGCUCACCAAGUAGUAAACAAUGCAUGUGCUACUCAGGCAGUACUAUCUAUACUUCUUAAUCGACUUGAUAUCAAUAUUGGACCUCAUUUAAAGGAUCUAAAAGACUUCACACAAUCAUUUGACCCAAAUAUGUGUGGUUUAGCAAUUGGUAAUAGUGAUAUUUUAAGAUCAGCCCACAACUCAUUUAAACCUAUCUCAUCACUAGAAUUUGAUACAGAAAUAAAAGGACAUAAAGAAAAUGAUGCUUUUCACUAUAUAUGCUAUGUUCCUUUUAGAAAUGCAGUUUAUGAAAUUGAUGGUCUAGCAUCUGGUGUUGUGUUACUAGGACAUGUUGAUAAUAAUUCCACCAUCAAUGACGAUGCUAACAUCUCUACACUUUAUAAUUCUCCUGAGAAUUGGGUCCCUUUAGCGAUAAAGGAGAUUAGAAGGAGAGUCUCUUUGUAUAAUACUGAUUUUCAUAAUGAAAUCAGAUUUAGCUUAAUGGCUAUAGUCCCUAAUGCUCUACUUAGAGCGAAAAUUCAACUUUCAAAUCUGCUCAAAGAGAAACAAAGGGUUAUUUUAAAAUUAAUGAGUUAUGGUGAAGAUGUUGACUUUGAUACAAUUCAAGAAUUUGAGGAGGAUGAAAUACUUACAUCUGCAACUCUUGCCGAGCUGCCAAAUGAUAUUCCUUCACUUAAAAGACUAUUCGAGAGACUUAGAGACAAAUUGACAGAAAUAGAACUUACAAUAAGAAGUGAAGAGUUAGUAAGACUUAGAUGGAGGGAGGAAAAUAAUAGAAGAAGACAUGACUUUUUCCCCUUUGUACUAGCAAUGAUGAAACAUGCCUCAAAAAAAGGUCUCCUUACAAAGAAAUUUAAACAGCUUAUGUAG